UUGUCCUCCAGCCUCCGCCGGGCUCAGGGCCUGCGGGCCUGGUUGCUAGGCGGAAGCGGGGCGCGGCGGCGGCCGCUCCGGCUGCCCGGGCGUUUGAAAAGCGGCUAAGCAGGCGGCAAAAGACCCCGCCUGCGGGCCGCGGAUCGCGACCAUGGUCUCCAAGUCCGACCAACUGCUCAUCGUUGUGUCCAUCCUGGAAGGUCGCCAUUUCCCCAAACGUCCAAAACAUAUGCUUGUCGUAGAAGCAAAAUUCGACGGAGAACAAUUGGCUACUGAUCCUGUGGACCACACUGACCAGCCAGAAUUUGCUACUGAGUUAGCCUGGGAAAUUGACAGGAAAGCACUUCAUCAGCACAGGCUACAGCGGACUCCUAUCAAACUCCAGUGUUUUGCCCUGGGUCCUUUGUCUUCGGCCAAAGAAACUAUAGGUUACAUUGUUCUAGACUUAAGAACUGCUCAAGAAACAAAGCAGGCACCAAAAUGGUACCAGCUGCUGAGUAAUAAAUACACCAAGUUCAAGUCUGAAAUACAGAUAAGUAUCGCUUUGGAAACAGAUACAAAGGCACCAGUGGAUAGUUUUAAAGCAAAGGGAGCUCCCCCCCGUGAUGGAAAAGUACCUGCCAGCCUGUCUGGACUUGACCCCAAGGACAUAGUGGCUGUGCUGAAUGAGGAGGAAGGUUACCAUCAGAUUGGACCAGCAGAGUAUUGUACUGACGCGUUCAUUAUGUCAGUGACCAUAGCAUUUGCCACGCAGCUGGAGCAGUUAAUUCCAUGUACUAUGAAACUUCCAGAGAGACAGCCUGAAUUUUUCUUUUACUAUUCUUUAUUGGGAAAUGAUGUUACAAAUGAACCCUUCAAUGAUUUGAUCAACCCAAACUUUGAGCCAGAGAGAGCAUCUGUUCGAAUACGUAGCAGUGUAGAAAUUCUUCGUGUUUACCUGGCUCUUCAAUCAAAACUACAGAUCCAUCUCUGCUGUGGAGAUCAGUCACUUGGCAGUACAGAAAUACCCUUAACUGGGUUGCUGAAAAAGGGUAGUACAGAAAUCAACCAGCGCCCAGUUACAGUUGAGGGUGCUUUUACCCUUGAACCUCCAAAUCGAGCCAAGCAAAAGCUUGCACCUAUUCCUGUGGAACUAGCCCCGACUGUGGGAGUGUCUGUGGCUCUGCAGAGGGAAGGCAUAGAUGCCCAGUCUUUAAUUGAAUUAAAGACCCAGAAUGAACAUGAGCCACAGCAUUCAAAGAAGAAAGUUUUAACCCCCAUAAAGGAGAAGACACUUACUGGGCCCAAAUCGCCAAGCGUGUCCCCUGUUCUGCCUCACAGCCAGUCACCUCCCACAAAAGGUGACGCGACAGAAAGUGAAGUGGAGAGCUUACAGUUUGAUAAGGACACAAAACCGAAUCCAAAGGCCAUCAAUUCUUCUGUACCUACCUCACUGGCCCAGCCAGUGACUACAUCCGUUGCCUCAGAAAUAGUUUCAGGACAGAAAAUUGCCGUUCCAGCAACAUCACAUCAUUUUUGCUUUUCAAUAGACUUAAGGAGUAUCCGUGACUUGGAAGUUGGUUUUCCAAUCAACUGUAUAUUAAGGUAUUCAUAUCCAUUUUUUGGAAGUGCCGCUCCUAUUAUGACUAACCCUCCUGUGGAAGUUCGGAAAAACAUGGAAGUUUUUCUUCCUCAGUCUUACUGUGCGUUUGAUUUUGCAACUAUGCCUUACCAGCUGCAAGAUACCUUCUUAAGGGUUCCAUUGCUGGUUGAGUUAUGGCACAAGGAUAAAAUGAGUAAAGAUUCACUUCUGGGAAUUGCCAGAAUCCAGCUUUCCAACGUCCUGUCUUCAGAAAAAUCUCGCUUUUUAGGUUCUAAUGGUGAACAGUGUUGGCGUCAAACUUACAGUGAAAGUGUUCCCAUUAUAGCAGCACAAGGGUCAAACAACAGGAUAAUAGAUCUUUCUUACACAAUGACUCUGGAAGAUUAUGGAUUAGUAAAAAUGCGUGAGAUUUUUGUCUCUGAUUCAUCUCAGGGUUUAUCUGCCGCACACCAGAAGCCACCUUCUCUUCCUCCAGCACCGUGUCCGUCAGAAAUCCAGACAGAGCCACGUGAAACCUUAGAAUACAAAGCAGCGCUUGAGCUGGAAAUGUGGAAAGAGAUGCAAGAAGACAUUUUCGAAAAUCAGUUAAAGCAGAAAGAACUGGCUCAUAUGAAAGCUCUUGCAGAAGAAUGGAAGAAAAGGGAUCGAGAGAGAGAAUCACUGGUGAAGAAAAAGGUGACUGAGUAUACGAUUCUAGAAGGAAAACUUCAGAAAACCCUGAUUGACUUAGAGAAGCGAGAGCAGCAGCUUGCCAGUGCAGAAUCUGAGCUUCAAAGAGAACGAAAGGAACUAAAGUCAGAACGUGAGCGCAACCUGCAAGAACUUCAGGACUCCAUCCGUAGGGCCAAAGAGGAUUGCGUUCACCAAGUGGAACUAGAAAGACUGAAGAUGAAGCAGCUAGAAGAGGAUAAACACCGACUUCAGCAACAGCUUCAUGAUGCUGAAAGUAAGUAUAAAAUUUUGGAGAAAGAAUUCCAUCAAUUCAAAGAUCAACAAAACAACAAACCAGAAAUCCGUCUACAGUCGGAAAUAAAUCUGCUCACUUUGGAAAAGGUUGAACUUGAAAGAAAGUUGGAAUCUGCAACUAAGUCUAAACUACAUUACAAGCAGCAGUGGGGACGAGCUUUGAAAGAACUUGCCAGACUUAAGCAGAGGGAACAGGAAAGCCAAAUGGCCCGUCUUAAAAAACAGCAAGAGGAGUUGGAGCAGAUGAGACUACGUUACCUGGCUGCUGAGGAAAAAGAUACAGUGAAGACUGAACGACAAGAGCUGCUGGAUAUAAGAAAUGAAUUGAACAGGUUAAGGCAGCAAGAACAGCCGCAGUACCCGGAUUCCAAAGAGAUCGCCCGUGGGAAAACGGACCGCCCGCAGGGCAGCGUGCUGGAGGAAGGUUUGGAUGAUUAUCUGACCCGCUUGAUAGAAGAAAGGGAUACUUUGAUGAGGACGGGGGUGUAUAAUCACGAGGAUCGAAUAAUCAGUGAACUCGACCGGCAGAUCAGAGAGGUUUUGGCCAAAAGCAGUGCUGGUAAUUGAUAACAUUUGGACAAUCUUUACAGAGACUCUACGUCAGAAUUUUAAUUUCAUCGAUAUACCCUCCAAGGAAAGGGGAAAAUAGAUGUUUCAAAAAGCAAAUUUCAGUUUUUUAUGAGCACAUUUUUGUAUGUUAUUGUAUAGUAUUUAUUUGCUUUUAUUUACUCGACCUCUCGUUUUGGUUUUGUUUCUAAUUGCAUUUUAUAUACUCAUUUUCAGUGUUUCUCAUAAUUUAUAGUUUCAUGGCUAACUUUCAAAGCAACUUUUCACUAACUUUUUUCAAGGAGAAAUAACUGCAAUAAUUUCCAGUUAUGUAAUUCUUCCUCUCAAGCCAACAGACUAUAUUUUGCACUUUAAAACAAUGUGUCCUGUUCACAUGACCGUAGGUAUCUUAAAAGUUGAGUCCAGUAGUCAAUGAUGUAACCAGUUUGAAACUCAUUUUUAGAUGAUCUGUCUUUUUAACUUGUGACACUUGCAAGUGACAAGUUUGAAAGCAGGAUCAAUGCAGAGAAGCCAUGUGAUUUCUGAAUGACAAAUAUUUAUUUAAAUACAGUUUGAAUUUUCAAAAUUUAACUUUAAGAAUAGAAAAUAACUUAGUAAGCCUUCUUUUCUGUCAUCUGCUCAAGACUGCACUGUUUUGUUUUGUUUAAUAGUCUUUUUUUUAAUAGAAAUACUACUUACCUCAGACCCUGUGUAACAUACCAUGAACAAUAAAAACAACAAAGACUUUUUUCACUCUACUUUCUUAGCUAAACUUUUUUUACUCCCCCUCAUUUUAAUCAAUCUUUUUCAAAAGUACAUGAGGUUAAGUCAUUGCGUUGAUAUAGUGCCAUGUCUGUGUAAACUUUGAGAAUUCCCUUCAGAGCCAGCAUUUGCCCUUUAAGGCAUGCUGUCCAUGCCUCUCGAACAGGACACUCAGGAGGUUUAUAAAAAAUUCACCUAAUUGGUGGCUCCUAAAAUAUAUAUAGAUUUCUAAUUUUCUAAUAUGCAAAUAAAUAAGUAUAUACUAUUUAACAAUAACUUCCAUAAAAGCAUUGUGGGCUAUUUGGUACCAAGUUAAAUUUCUGUUACUUUCAAGAAGGUGUAUUUCUUGUAUUGGGAGUUAACAGCCCCUGCUUACUUUCUAUUUUUUUCCCUUGUUAACAUAGUAUAAAUUUUCUAAAAACAACUCAGCAGAGUAAAUAACAGAAAAAUUAUUGAAGGAGAGGAUAAUGAAUCUAUGAAUCAUAGCAGGAAUUUGAAAUAUUAAUUAUGGUCAGACAUUUUCUCUCAUUGAUUUUCGUGCCAUAAAAGCGGAACAGAAGUAUUCUUUGUGCUUGGGAUGGUAAAAGACGGUGCCUUAGAUUGUUUGGAGUGCUGCGUGUGACUGUUUUCAAACACUAGAGGGGGCCUUAGAAUUAAAGAAACAAAAAGGACUUUUCCAAAAUGGAUGCCUGGUUUAUUUUGCCUUCUGUCAAAUGACCUAUUGGCUUUGCAGUUUUACCA